GGGUAUCUCGCUCCAAGGAGCUGUUCACCGUGGAGACAGCGGAGCCGGAGAGGUUGCUCUAUAUAUCAGCUGGUGAGACUCCAGUUCCCAGAGUCCUCCGCCUGUUCGAAAUGCGAGCUCGGAGUUUCCGCUGCGAUUUGUGGGAGUAACACAUCAGUGGCUCGGAGCCAGCGGGGGAGAAGGUGCCAGGACGGCUGUCGGUUCGUCUGGCGUUCGCUCCACUGUGCCGGCCGUUCUUUCAACCUCGCCACUCAGACCAAGGAAGGUACAUCAGCCGCAACGUCUACAAGGGGAAAGGAAAACCUUACUUACAUUCUGCUGAAACAAGACUCCGAUUGCCAAUUAUCAGAGUCCACAAACGGGUAGUGAAGUGCUUUUCCCCAGUGGCAAGGAAGUGAUUUACGGGCAUCAGAACAGCAGAGAUGGAGGACGUGGCUUGUUGUGUGACUUUUCGCGGCACGGAGAUGCUGUGGAGCUAAGCAUUUCUUUCAACGUUUGCUUGCAGUCGCUGCCGAGCCGCGGCUCCCUAUAUCUGCGGGACAGCAGGUUGAUGUGGGAGAUGGCUUGAAGAACACUUUCUGCGAGUGAGAGAAGGGAGGGAGAUGACUUCGGUGGAGUUGUGUUUUCUAGGCCAAGAGCGGGCGUUCCCUAGACCUUGGAAGGAAUUAGGUUGGGGACUGCACGGUUCAGAACCGCGGAUCUCCAGUUCAGCACCAGGGACAGCGCUGUUCCAGAGCGCCGGCUGUAAACCGGCGCGCCCGGACUCUAAGAUAUGCUGCGACCAGCAGCCGGAGACUUCUUUCACGUACGUUGAUGAGAAUGUCAACCUUCAACGAGCUUGCUCCCCACUGUCACAUGGAAACUGCAACCCCCCGUGCUACCAGAGCUCAUACGGCGAGAGCAGACCGUCGCCCGAUGAACUUUCCGUGUUCUCCGAUGACAGCUCGUCCGAGGACUCGGAUUCCCCUGUGGAUUAUGGCUUCAUUUGCGCCCUGCUCUUCCUCUGCAGCGGCAUCGCCCUGGUCAUCAUAUCUUACGUGAUCCCUCGGGAUGUGACUGUGGACCCGGACAGUGUUUCAGCCCGGGAGAUGGAGCGGCUUCAGCGGCAGAGCGCCCGGAUAGGCGCUCACCUGGACAGGUGUGUGAUCGCUGGGCUUGGAUUCUUGACUCUCGGCGGGAUGCUGCUCUCCACCUUGUUGAUGAUAUCCAUCUGCAAAGGACAGUUGUACCGACGCCAGAGGUUCUCAUUGGCUGGGAGAUCAGGGAAGAUCUACGGGUCGUUCAACUUCCGCCUGGGUUCCCCCAACCAGAGAUUCUCACUGGGUGCAGAGGAGCUGGUUGCUAUCGAUUAAUGGUGAUGUGUAUCCUAAACAUGGUUCUUUACACAUGUUACAAAUUUUAAAUUAUCAAAUUGUCCAGUAUGGGAGCGGUCGGGGUGGGAGGGGGGAUUGGCAGGGAAGCCAACCAAGCCCCUGCAUCUUCCCCUCUUCUGCAAGGAACAUAGGAGGAACAGAAAAAACAAAACACUGCACCGCUCUUUCCUGUAGGUACAGCAAAUACCUCUGGGCUAUUUCAAAGCCGCCUGGGUUCGGCACGUCGGCAUUUCUCAACUUGAAAACCAAUCGCGAGUCUAGCAAGUCUGUUUCCCCUCCCACGUGAGAUGUUAGUCUGCGCAAAUUGACCUGAUCAUUUGGAGUACUGGAAAGAAGGGAGGAAGCUAUUCGGCCCCGCAAGCCUGUUCUAUCACCAAUUCCUGUAUUUCCGGGCUGCAAUAUAUGUUGCCUGCUUUUGACAAAUUCCGUUACCCGCUAUAAUCUAUAAGAGUGAAACAGUUCCCUGGAAAAUCUGCUCCCUGCUUCCUGACACCACCCCCAGAAUGGUAUGAUUCUCUUUUAUACAUAAACUCAAACAUCAGAAGAAAUCUUCUAUCUGAACUUACAAUAAAAAUUGGGAAGGAUUUUUAACAGCUUGGUAAGAUCUUCCUCAACCAUUCAAAUUCACGCAUGGCUGUUUCCAAAUUAAGCUCACCCAUUGUUUGGUUGAAUAUAUAUAUAUAUAUAUUCUUUUAUUCUUCGGAACGAUUGACUUAUUCCUGUUUUCUACAAAAUUAGAAGUGGGAACACUUAGCAGGCCAGGCAGUAUUGGGGCAGAAUUAAAGAUUCAGUAUGGAUCCUGGUGAUCCAUUUUCUCUCCACAGUCAUUUCACUCUGGUGCCUUGUUCUAAUUUAACUGAAAAUCAAUAGCUUUCCCACACUUGAUUUAGCGAAGAGGGUUAAUGCCAUGUAUUGCCGAGUGAUAUAAAGCCAUAGAUAACUAAUGUACAAAGCAGCAUCUGAUACUGAAUGGCUUCCUUUGUACUGUAGUGUUCUAUUAUUCAUUUUUCCAGACUAAAUUCCUGUUUCUCUGAGUGUGACUUAUGCAACAAUAAUUUGAGCCAUUUGCAACCAUAAUUGUCUGCUAAGCCUCCAGUGAAUUAACUGCAGGCUAACCAGAGUAGCAACUAAUGUUAAAAAGGACUUUGCAUGCACUUGACUGUGUUUUAUUAGGAUAUGUCACACCACUUUACACAUGAAAAGCAUUUGCAUUGAAUAGGAUUAUGCAACAGUUGUGCUAUUUACUUCUUAAAUUGUACGUGUACAUCACCGCUCUUUAUUUUGAACAAUAUGUUCUUUUUAGUACAUUUGUUUGCAGAGAUAAAACGCAAUUGUUCCCUAAAUGUAAAUCAGGUCCACACAUUCUCCACACGUUAUCAAAUGAGACAGCUUCCCCGGUGAAAGAUGGUAUUCAGUAAGUGAAUGUAAAGAUGGAAGAUGGAUUACCUUUAUGUCGGGGAAAUACUUCUUGGCCAGUGUCUAUUGUCUCAUUCUAUUUUGGCACAGUCCAUUGAACUGAUCACCAUCAGAAUGUUCAUGGUCACUAACAGCUGGUAUGAGCUCUAGAGAGGGCACUGGGGAAAACCUGCACUAUUUCUUUAAUACAGGGAUCUGUGUGGCAUAUUUUGUUUUCCUACAAUAGAGAAUAACAAUGAGAAACAAGAAAAAUAUUAUAUAUAAAAACCUCAAGACAUAUUUCACCAUCCCUUCCUUCCAUUGAUAAGAUGCCUCUUGAAUCUGGACCAAUUCCUUUUUAAUUGUCUUACAUUCAUUCGCUGACUCCUUGCAGUGUCGAUUCCAGGCCACAACAGGCAGGGUGGAUCAACAUCCGAGCAACUCAAUCCCUUAAUGUCUGAACAAAGGAUUUCCUCCUUCUCCAUUACCUUGACUCUGUGUUUUCUCCACCAAGGACAGCUGCAGUCUGACAUGAGCUCAAUACUCCUGAUGAAACAUUUCCUUUCUUAAUGUCAUGAUUUGAAGUGUGAAUCAGAUUUCAAUUAGAUGUGAUUUCUAGACUUUGAAGGUCAUGGUCAGCGUACCACAGGUUGAGCUUUGACAAACAAAUUACACAAACCUUUCAUAAUUACAAGGGAUCCAUGAAACCUUUUCAUGUUUUGAAAACUGAAACAUGGCGAGCCUCCAUAUUAUGUUAUAUAUAAGCAUUAAUUGUAUAUCAACAUAUUUAAUGCAUAUUCAAUGCAUAAUGCAUAAUGCAUAAUACAUAUUCUUUGGAGCGCAGAAGGUUAAGGGGAGGACUUGAUAGAGGUCUUUAAAAUGAUGAGAGGGAUAGACAGAGUUGACGUGGACAAGCUUUUCCCACUGAGAGUAGGGAAGAUUCAAACAAGGGGACAUGACUUGAGAAUUAAGGGACAGAAGUUUAGGGGUAACAUGAGGGGGAACUUCUUUACUCAGAGUGGUGGCUGUGUGGAAUGAGCUUCCAGUGAAGGUGGUGGAGGCAGGUUCGUUUUUAUCAUUUAAAAAUAAAUUGGAUAGUUAUAUGGACGGGAAAGGAAUGGAGGGUUAUGGUCUGAGCGCAGGUGUAUGGGACUAGGGGAGAAUACGUGUUCGGCACGGACUAGAAGGGUCGAGAUGGCCCGUUUCCAUGCUGUAAUUGUUAUAUGGUUAUUAUUAUAUGGUAAUGCAAGUAUUUAUUGCCUUAUUAAAUGUAUUCUGUUCAUUCUACUGAUGUUCAAAAAUUUAAUAAAAAUAAUUGAUUUAAAAUAAAAAAUGUUUUUAUUUAAUUUCAUUCAAAGUAUUUUCAUAACAGUAGUAUUUAUUUUUCGCUAGUAUGGUUUUAAAAAUAUUAUGACCGCACCAUAUUAAAAACAUCAGUAGUUAGAUUUCAGACCUGCAAAAAAAUUCUUUGUUUUACAAUCAGAAUAAUGCCUUCAGGCAAAAUUCAUAAUAGUGAAGGAUUUUAUAUUUUAAUGUUCCCACAACAUUACUGAAUAAUUGCAGCAAAUAAUGAGCAGUCAAAAUUUGGCAACAGGAAACAGAAUAACCAGACUGAUUGAUUGCAACAUGACAGUAGGUUGGAGAGCACUAAAAGCCCGAAGGCAGCAAUGUGGUCCAAUUCAGAUAAAUAGUCUUAGUUUGUUUACAUAGGUGAGGAUGCAACUGCGUGAGAUUGUUCGGAUCAUUCAGAUCAUUUCAGACAGUAGAUGGCCCCUGAUGUAAAAUCUUGUUCUAGAGACAGCAAGGCUGCACAGCACACUGUGUGCUAAAUACUCUGGAGACACACUUGAACUCAUGCUCUUCUUCACUCAGAGGCUAGAGCGACUCACUGAGUCAUGCUUAAUAUUUCAACGGACGCUGAAGAAACAAAAAAACUAUGUACAGAAGGUUGAACUUCCAGACUGAUGGAGAACUGUUUGAUGAAGAUAUGAAACAUUGAUUUUUCGUGUUUAUUAUAAUACAUGAUGUAAAACUGAAUAGCAAGCGACUGAUUUUAUGCAGUUCUUUAAUAUUUUGGAUUUUCUCAAAUGUUUUAAACACUACAAAAUAUGACCUGAAUAACUGCUGUCCAUAUUCAUGGGCAAGCAAUAACUGAAAGUUACUACUUGUUUUGCAAAGUGUGCAUGGACAGAUGAAUGAUGUUUUAUGAACAAACUCACAAGCACAAAGCUGGGUCUUAUGAAGGAUUGCCUUAACAUCACAUGCACAAAAUUUUACAGCAUUGACAGAUGCUCAAGCCAUCCUUUUUGUGGAUAAUGCAAUGGGAUAUUCUGCCAGUCAGCAUAUUUUCAUCACUUUGAUAUCUAAAUUGCAUUGUAUAAAACAGCAGUCAUAAAUAAUACAUCAACUAAAGUGACAGUCCCCAGAGACACAGUUCUGCCCCUUUCAUAGGGAAAUAGUCACGGUGGUCUGUUUCAAUCAAAUGCUGUCCUAUAUUAGUCAACUCUUGCACUGAAAGCAGGGGCCAUUUGUUUCAAUCAAGAAUAUCACUUUACAAUAUAAUGUAAGGUAGACACAAAUGCUGGAGAAACUCAGCGGGUGAGGCAGCAUCUAUGGAACAAAGGAAUAGGUGAUGUUUCGGGUCGAGACCCUUCCGGAGAGAGGAGGAGAACUUCUUCAAAGUAGGCAUACCUUGAGGAGAUUUCGCAGUGGAGUAGACAAAGUGUUUAAGGAUGAACUGCAGAUGCUGGAAAAAUCAAAGGUAGACAAAAAUGCUGGAGAAACUCAGCGGGUGAAGCAGCAUCUAUGGAACAAAGGAAUAGGUGAUGUUUCGGGUUGGAGAGAAGAGGAGAAAUUCUUCAAAGUUUGGAGAUCACUUUUAAUAUCAACCAGAAAAUAUAAAUAUUAAUUGCAUUUUUUUUAAGCAUUAUCUUUUUAUUACGACAAGGAGGAGACUAUUUGGCCCAUGUGCUAAUGUUGCCCUAUAUCCUCCCACUUAAUUCCAUGGAACCUAGUCUUCUUGUACACGCAUCAACUCUCCCUUAACACAUCAGAGGCUAUUUACAGUGAAUAACCACCCAAGAGACCUUUGGGAAGUGGAAGUAUAUGGGAGCACCUGAGGCAUAUGUUAUAUGUGGUGUUCAAGGGCUUUAGCAAAGUUAUUGAUCAAGUCCUGCGUAACAAGCUGGUCCAGAAAGUGAGGGUCCGUGAAUCGAAAGUGUGUUGGAGA